CCAAAUUCUCAUGUUUCCAUUCUUAGAUCUCAAAAGUGUCCCAGAUCAUCAGCUGUAAACAUAAAACGGCACCCACUCUGACACACAUGCGUGUCGUUCAUAGGAAUCAUCGUGUGUUCGUGUCGUUUCCCUAUCCAUUCUCCAACUACAACUAGGACACACCCGGCCUCUUUUCUAUUUUUUUCCAUUUCAAUUCUACAAGCUGUGAAAAUUUUCAUGACCCUUUGAAAAUUCCUUGCUUUAUUCUUCUUCCCUUUAUUUGGUAUAUAUCUUGGUCAAAAUAAUCCCAUGUAUUUGUCUCAUGAUGUUGGAGUUGUUUGUCUAUUGACUCUUCUCUCUCUACCCCUUUAUGUCAAAGUUUACAAAUUCAAGUUCAAGCUCAAAUUUUGAGGCGAAUUCAGCUUCUGGGUCAUUGAGAUCUAAGAGAAUAUUUGAUUGUGUGUUGGUAUGGGUUCUAAUUUGUCAUCGUGUGUUUGUGAUGAUGGUGAUGGUGGUUCGUUGAAGCCAAGACUUGGGGACAUACCAGAGAGUUGUGUGGCAUUGGUGUUAAUGUAUUUGGACCCUCUUGAUAUAUGCAAGCUUGCACGGUUGAAUAGAGCGUUUCGUGGUGCUUCCUUGGCAGAUUUCAUAUGGGAAUCUAAGUUGCCUUUGAAUUAUAGGUUCAUCAUGGAGAAGGCUUUGGAAGAUGAUGAUGAUGAUGCUUUUUCAAUGGAGGAUUUGGGGAAGAGGGAUGUGUAUGCAAGACUCUGCAAGCCUAGUUUGUUUGACAAUGGAACAAAGGAAAUUUGGCUAGAUAAGAAAACCGGUGGGGUUUGUUUGGCAAUUUCUUCCAAAGCAUUGAGGAUUACAGGAAUAGAUGAUCGGAGAUAUUGGAGUCACAUUUCUACAGAGGAGUCAAGAUUCCAUACAAUUGCAUAUCUUCAUCAAAUUUGGUGGCUUGAAGUGGAAGGAGAUAUUGAAUUCCGAUUUCCACCCGGGUCAUACAAUGUGUUCUUCAGGCUUAUGCUCGGCAAGUCAUCCAAGAGGCUCGGCCGUCGAGUUUGUAACUCCGAGCACAUCCAUGGUUGGGACAUCAAACCUGUAAAAUUCCAGCUAACAACUUCGGGUGGCCACGUCGUGUCGCAAAGCCAUUUGGAUAAUCAAGGGCAAUGGAUCCUCUACCAUGCCGGAACCUUUGUUUCUAAGGAUUCCAAUGACUUGAUGAAGAUCAAAUUUUCAUUGACUCAGAUUGAUUGCACUCACACAAAAGGUGGGUUGUGUGUAGAUUCUGUGUUCAUAUGCAAUAGUGGAGUAGGAAAGGGUGUAGGUUGUUUUUGUAGAUAGGGAAUUAAGGCUUUGUUUGGUAAUCAUCUUAUGAGACUGUUCUUGAAUUGUUAUGUUAAGAUACUUAGCAAACACAACCUAUGUGUAUAUAAAUGAGGAAUGGGUUGAGGCAUUUGAGUUUAGUAGUUUUAUGAGUUUUGAGUUGUAGCAUACUAAGGGGAGUUAAAGUAGAUUUUGAUGCUUCCAAACAUGCUUCAAAGUUCAAAAGUUAGUUUUCCUUUAGGUGUUUGGUUUUGUUAGUAGGACAAUAUUGCACAUACAUUUUUGUACGUUUUUCCUUCCCUCUUUAGCCAGAAUAUAUGUGUGGCUUUUGUGUAUA